CAGUUUCGUGCAAAACGUGGAAGCGGCUGGUCAACAAUACAAUACAAAUCCCACAAUAGAACAGAAGAACGAUAAGAAAAUCUGAAUAAUACUGAACAAAAUCGGCAUUGGAAAAUCUCAGAAAAAAUCAAAUUGUCCGAACGUUGUGGCAACUUUUUUGAUUAAUUACACAUAAUUCGGUUGAUUUGCAUAUUGCAAUUGUUACAACUUGCCAAAAGGUAGAAACAAAACAAAACAAAACAAACGGCAACAGGGUACAAACAAAAACUGCAAGCUGCAAAACCGGAAAUUCUAGAUCUUUUGGAUCUCACGAUCCCCAAGAAGGCAUACACCAAAAACAAAAGCAAAACAAAACGAAACAAACAAACAAAAAACACUUGAAGUUGUUGUAAACCAAAGCGGUACUUUGUGUUCUUAAGCAAAGCGCGACAAACCGAACCGAAUCGCAAGAAACAAACUAAAGCUAAAAACAAAAACAAAAACCCACAAAAAAGUGACACAAAUAAAGCAAAGUAUCGCCGCCGUCUGUCCGCCCGGGGUCCAGUGUGUCCAGUCGAUCUGGUCUACCUAUAGCCCAUGAGAAAACGCUGAGUGUUGAGUUUAUUUCUGAUUUCUGUUUCUGUGUCGGUCGGUUUCUGCGGGUUUCGCUUUUUGUUGUUGCUAAUACUGUGGCCUGGCCAACAGAAGAAAGAGGGAAAAAUCGAGACGGCAAGACGGCCAGACGGCCCGAAGAAAAAUCGUGCGCUCGCAAAGUAACAUAUUUAUUUUUAACAAUUUCGCAACCGUUCAAAUUUUGCUCCAGCAAAAAAUUAGAACUCAAAGCCAGACAGACAAAACGGACAGAUAAGAAUAUAGAUCGCCAGCGAUCGUUAAGAAAAACCAAAACAGCCGGCGAUUGUGGCCUCUUAACAUUUGGCUGGGAAGAACAACAACAGGAGAGGGCCAGCGAAAGCGAGAGCCAAAAAUAAACGCAGGACAAACGCAGGAGGAGCGAGGGAUUGGCAGAGAUAUGUCAGCAGCCGCUUGCGCCCGCUUCUGUACGCCGUUGACAGCUGGAGGCGGUGGCGGCUCCAACAAAGCCAAGUCCAACACAUCAGGCGCAGGAUCCUCAUCAAAAUUGACAGCAGGAAAAGGAAACAGCAGCAUGACGUCAUCAUACAAGAAGAAAACUCCAGCGAGUGACACCAACACAGAGGCGACAUUCACAUUCAAAUUGGGCCGUGCAAAUGGCAGCAGCGGUAGCGGCAGCGGCAGCCACGGCGUGGGUGGCGGCGGCGGUCAUAGCGUAGCCUCAAGUGAGUCAUCAGAUCCUUUGGAAUCAGAUUACAGCGAGGAGGAGGAGCCAGAGCCGGAGCCGCAGCAGAGCCAGCAGAACCACGUAAGCAGCCGGAGCAGCAGCAGUGCCACCACCACAACAAGCUCCGCUGACCAUGACAAUGAGGUGGACGAGGAGGAGGACGAUGACGAUGAGAACGAUGGCAAUGGUCGCGACGGCGAUGAUGUUACCAAUGAUUCCAACGAGAGCAUCGAGGAUGACGGCAAUGAGACCGACGACGAGGAGGAUGAGGAUGACUCCGAUGAGAGCAGCAGCGUCCAGACGGCCAAGGGAGUUCGCAAAUAUCACUUGGACGACUACCAAAUAAUCAAAACUGUGGGCACGGGCACCUUUGGACGCGUGUGCCUAUGUCGCGAUCGGAUAUCGGAGAAGUAUUGUGCCAUGAAGAUUUUGGCCAUGACCGAAGUCAUUCGUCUAAAGCAGAUUGAACACGUCAAGAAUGAGCGGAAUAUAUUGCGCGAAAUACGACAUCCGUUUGUCAUCAGUUUGGAAUGGUCCACAAAGGAUGACUCAAACCUAUAUAUGAUCUUCGAUUAUGUGUGCGGCGGCGAGCUGUUCACAUAUCUGCGUAAUGCAGGCAAAUUUACUAGUCAAACUUCCAACUUCUUUGCGGCUGAGAUUGUCAGCGCCCUGGAGUACCUGCACUCACUACAAAUCGUCUACCGUGAUCUGAAGCCAGAGAAUCUGCUGAUCAAUCGCGAUGGCCAUUUGAAGAUCACAGAUUUUGGUUUUGCCAAAAAGCUAAGGGACCGCACCUGGACCCUGUGCGGCACGCCCGAGUAUAUUGCACCUGAGAUAAUACAAUCCAAGGGUCACAACAAGGCCGUCGAUUGGUGGGCAUUGGGUGUUCUCAUUUAUGAAAUGCUUGUGGGCUAUCCACCAUUCUACGAUGAGCAGCCCUUUGGCAUAUAUGAAAAGAUAUUGAGUGGAAAAAUCGAAUGGGAACGUCACAUGGAUCCCAUUGCUAAAGACUUGAUCAAGAAGCUGUUGGUGAAUGAUAGAACCAAGCGACUGGGCAACAUGAAGAACGGUGCCGAUGACGUGAAGAGGCAUCGCUGGUUCAAGCACUUGAAUUGGAAUGACGUCUACAACAAGAAACUAAAGCCACCAAUUUUGCCCGAUGUACAUCAUGAUGGGGAUACCAAAAAUUUUGAUGAUUAUCCCGAGCAGGAUUGGAAGCCGGCCAAGGCAGUAGACCAAAGAGAUUUGCAGUACUUUAAUGAUUUCUAAAAAAAAGAAAUAAAUUGUCGUUGAACAUUUUUUUUUUUUUUGUUUUCUGUUGAAAAUUUGUUAUAAUUUUGCGAUGGCAAGAACAUUCAUUAUUUAUACUGGCAAUUAAGUGUUUAAAGUGCUGUGCUAAAGCAAUGAUAUCUAACGGUACGAUACAUCUACAUAUACAUAACUAUACCAUAAUAUACAUAUAUAUAAACAGAUACAUAUACAUACUAUAUGUACAAUAAGCCUAAGUUUAUACCCGUAAUGUUAUUUCUAGCGUGUGACAUCUAUUAUUAUUAUAUUUAAUUGUUUAAACUUUAACUGUUCAAAUUUCGAGCAAAUCCCGCCCCCCCCCGAAACAACAAACACACACACACACCCACCCAUAAAAGUAUGGCUACAUACUUACAGUAGAAACUGUACGAUUAAACAACAACCAUGAAAAUAUUAACGUAAAACGUUGAAUAAAGUGAUAGAAAU